CAUCAAAAAUCAAGAACAAAAACCGCCGGCCGGCUAAUUAGACUCUUCCUAAAAAAACACAACAUUUUCCCAUCCUUAAAUCUUUUUCGUCUCGUAACGCCAGCUAUAGUAAACUCUUAUCGUUUAAUUAUUCCUCAAAUUUCAUACAUAGUAAAAGUCUCUAUCCGCUUUUUUAUAGCAGGAGUUUUUAUUUCAAUUUCUCAAGCUACAGUAUAUUCAUCUCUUCUCGAACUAUUUUUUUUCUUUCUUGAAAUUGUGCAUAGUAUAACUUUUAUUUCGAUCUUUUUCAAACCCCACUUAUAACAAGAGCUCUAAGCAUAUCUAAGUACCCUUAUAACCCUCAUCCUAAUCGAGUAAAAUUACAUGCAAUAAACUUUUAAAAAUUUGAUCUUUUCUCAAAUCUUGUAUAUAAUAGUAAUUUUUUUUUUUAAUUUUUAAUUCUUUUCUAAAGCUUCACUGUAUCGAGCAUCGAGCAGCUCCUUUUUAAUCUUUGUAGUCAUAGGCCCAAAGUCCCAAGAAGAAAAAGACUUAGAAAAAUUUCCUAUGUAUUUUCUUGAUGGCUGAAAAAACCCAUGAAUUUGCAUUUUCAAUGACUAAUCUUUCCCGGAAAAUAGUUCAGGUGAACAUAAAGUGGAAGAUAUAUGAUAAAGUUUCAAUCUUUAAGGAGUUUUUUCGGUUUAUUUGGGAAAGUAUUAUUGUUUGUUCAGCUGGCCGGAAACCGGCGAAGUACCGGCGAUUGGGUCGGAGGGGGUUGUCAGUUCCGGUGAUGGAGGGAGGUGAAGAGGAGUAUGGUGGAGAAAGUGAUCCUAUGGCUGCCACGUGUAGUGGGUAUGAUAGUGAUUCAGAUUUAGUUACUCUGAAGAUCAGUAUUUUGGGUGAUUGUCACAUUGGUAAAACAAGUUUUGUGAUUAAGUAUGUAGGUGAUGAACAAGAAAAGAGGUGCUUGCAGAUGAAGGGAUUGAAUUUAAUGGAUAAAACAUUAGUUGUACGAGGAGCGAGAAUCGCAUUCAGAAUAUGGGAUGUUGGAGGUGAUCAUAGCUCACUUGAUCAGAUUCCAAUUGCUUGUAAAGAUGCUGUUGCCAUUCUCUUUAUGUUCGAUCUCACUAGCCGGAGUACAUUGAACAAUGUGAUAAGUUGGUAUAGUGAAGCAAGAAAGUGGAAUCAGACGGCUAUUCCAAUACUAAUUGGGACCAAAUUUGAUGAUUUUGUCCAGCUACCACCAGACAUUCAAUGGUCUGUAGUGACACAGGCAAGGGCAUAUGCAAAGGCAAUGAAAGCAACAUUGUUCUUCUCAAGUGCAACACAUAACAUCAAUGUGAAUAAGAUCUUUAAGUUCAUUAUGGCAAAGCUCUUUAACUUGCCUUGGACUGUUCAGAGGAAUCUCACUAUUGGUGAACCAAUCAUUGACUUCUAGCUCUUCCUACUACCCUCAUGUUACAAGCAGCUCGAUGCACUAAAGCUUCCGUUACCGUUACAUUGUAAAUAACAAUCUUAGGAGGGGAGAUUCUUUAACAUGUAAUAUUGCAUUUCCUUUUCAUACUUAGUAGAAUGUCAAGAAGUUAAAAGUUUUCGAGUACUUAGUGAGGGGUCGUUUGGUUCAAAAACAGGUUACCCACUUAACCUUUUAUAGAUCUUUCGUACAUCUCUUUGCCACCAAACAAUUAAAGAAAAAAAAUGCAACAAUUGCAAAUUACUCUCAA